AUACGUCAAGUUUACUCCAUGUUUCAUCAUUUUGAGGAAAACAUAAGCAUAAUCGAUUAUUUUGUUCGUAGUGUUCGGUCUUUUAGUUUCAUAAGACUGCGGCAGUCCGUGGGUGUAUCAUGUAUAUAGUACAGUUGGUCCAGUGCAGUUGUUAACCUUAUGUGAACUCACGUUUACGGUCACCUCUAAUCAGAAAGAUUAGUUUCUAUCUGUGCUAGUAUUUUAGAUAAUUUAAGAACAUACUAUAGACGUUCUUCUAAAUAAUCGCAAAUCAUAGUACGCGUGUAGAGCUGUCUCAUUCUGUUCUUGGAAUAAAUGAUCACGCGAGUGAUAAAAUUGAUAGUAUUCUAAGUUUAUAAAGAAUUUCUUACGAUGGCUGAGACUAUGAUGAAUGGACACCAAGUGCAAGAAGUGCUACCGCCUGGGUACAAGGUAGAGGAGAUCGAAAUACCAGUCCCAUGGGGCCACGUCGCUGGGCGAUGGUGGGGCCCUCGGAACAAGCAGCCGGUCAUCGCCAUUCACGGUUGGCAGGACAACGCGGGCACCUGGGACAACCUCAUCCCGCUCCUGCCCGUCACCACCUCCGUCCUCUGCAUCGACCUACCCGGACACGGCCUUUCAACGCACUAUCCCACCGGCAUGCUGUACUACAUAUUCUGGGACGGCAUCGUACUACUCAGAAGAAUCAUUCAACAUUUUAAAUGGACCAAAGUCUCGUUAAUGGGACACUCUCUCGGCGGUGCGAUCAGCUUCAUGUACGCGGCUUCCUUCCCCGAUGAAGUUGACAGAAUUAUUUGCGUCGAUAUCGCCAGUCCUGCUGUCCGCGAGCCCAGUAAUAUGGUGAAAACGACUGGUGUUGCCAUCGACAAACUACUGCAGUAUGAACACUUGACGGAAGACAAAGUCCCUUGUUACACUUACGAAGAGAUGAUUGAUAUUGUUUGCGACGCAUACAAGGGAUCUAUUUCAAGAGAGAACUGCAAGAUAUUGAUGAAACGAGGUAUGAUGCCAACUCCGGCGCAUAUGAAGAGAAAAGGCUAUUUCUUCAGGAGGGACCCCAGAUUGAAAGUAUCAGGGCUCGCUAUGAUGUCUAUAGAAACAGCUUUGGAAUAUGCAUCGAAAGUUAAAUGUAAAGUCUUAAAUAUUCGGGCUUUGCCUGGUCAGAGGUGGGAGAAGUUAGAUUAUUAUUUGAGUGUAGUGGAGAAGAUGCGGGCUACGGCUGACGUGAGGUAUGAAGAGGUGGAGGGGACGCAUCACAUCCAGCUGGAAGCCGCGGACAGGAUAGCGGGGCUCGUGGAAGAGUUCCUAGAAGAAUAUUAGGUUAAUUUAGCUGAAUGCUAAUGUGAUAAUUAUGUGAUGCGUUAACGUACCGUAGUUAGGUACAGUUGUGAGCUGUAGAACAGAAGUAUUUUUUUAAAGCUUAAGCAUUUCUUCUUUCUAUAGAUAGUUAGGUAUCUUCGCCAAGUUAUGGCAUUGUAGUUGCUACAGUUGUUUAUAAUGUAUGCGUUGAGUAAAUGGGUGGAUACUUCGUAACGAAUUAAUGAAUAUUUUGGGUUUUGUCGAACGAAUAGUGAAUCAAAGUAAAAGCAAGCAUAUCCUAGAUGAAAAUAUCUUAACAGUCUUUAAACAAAGAAUGUUUUUAGCAAUGAGAUAGUGAUCUAACAUUACCAUUGAACAAAAGAAAUACUUACCUAUUGCAAUUGUGGUUUUUAGAGCGUAAUAAGUUAUAAUGUAAAUGUGCUAUUGUAUUUAAGUAACGCAACAUUUUAAAUGCAACACUAAUGAUGUUAGAAAGUAAAUCGUCGAAUCAUUUAAGUAAGUUAUGUUCAGAAUAAUACCUAAGUAAAUGUUUUUGUGUUACAUCAACUUAAACCUAGACUUCGUCUAAUUCAUUGAUUGUUUUUUUUUAAUGACUAGUUGCACUUAUGGACGUUCUGCUGAGCAAAACAUGUUUUUGUGAUCAAUUUUUUUUUUAAGUGCAUUUGUGAUUGCAAUAUUUUUGAGCCCCUAGCGAGACUUAUUUUACGAUUAUUUUGUAGUGUGGAAUCAAUUUUUGUAGCUGAAAGUCCGCAAAACAUGACAAUUGCUCUGAAUAGCAAUAUUAUAAUCGUUUAUUUUCAAGUUCUCGUAAAUAUCUGACAGAUCUAGCCGCCAUUUUGGUGACGAAAAUUGACAGUUCAUUUCUAACGUAAGCAAUUUUUUAAUAAUGCGUCAGAAUGACGUCAAUAUCCUAUGCGACAAGGGUCUGUUAAAAAUUGAAGAAAAAUCUGAUCAAAUAAGAACAAAACAUAUCUUCAACCAGUGUACUAUAAAAGGACAAUCGAUUAUGUGAUACAAUGAACAAAGAUGUGACAGUAAACGUUAAUGUUUCAAAACUUAAAGUAAGGAAAGUUCUCGGAACUAAGUAUUUAAUUGAUGGUUAUCGAUCGUUUUGGGCACAGGUAAAAUGAGAUGCUAAUAAUAUGUUUGAUAAUUAACAUUUUUGUCGUAACUAUAGUUCAAGAGGUUGUGUUGUGGGAAGGAAUUCAUUUUAAUUUAUUAAAAACCCCAAAUUUUUUAGGCAAGUCACGGUCGGUAGUCGAUUUCUGUGGUCACCAUCUAGUGUGAUUUGUUGUCAGGUGAUUUUGUAAUGUUUUUUGAAAUGUUAUAUUUAAUUUUCAUACUGUAAACCUUUUUCUGAAAUGUUAUAUUAAUAGUUUAGAAACGCAUUGAAGUGUUCCUCUAUAAUUCAAAUUUGUUACCAUAUAAAUUAAGCAGUACCAAAAGGAAAACAGAUGCCGCUCUACACCAUAUAUAGUCUCUGUCUCGCAUAAUGUAAAGACGUUCCAGUUGACCGUUAGAUCAAAAACCAUAUUAUUUUACGAUUCUAUUGAUAGACGGAAUGAUGACGGUAAUGAUACUAAAUUAGGUAUUACAAAUCGUUUUUAAUGUAUUUGAAUGCAAGUCAUUCGAUACAGUUCAAUAAUGGCAAUAGAGAUUAUAAAUAGAUACAUUGAUAUGUAUAUUAUAAAGAUGUACGUUUAUAAUACGGGGGAGGCUUUAUUUAACACAUACAGGGUGUAACAGAAAUACGUGGUCAUAUUUUGCAUACUACUACAUAUAAUUAAAAAAUGAAGGGAAGAAACUGAGGAAGAUUAAAUUCUAUGGGCAGAAUAAAAUUAUUGUUGCUGAAAUGUUCUAUAUGCAUUGAAUAUGACCACUCAUUUCCUCAACAUCCUGUAUUGCAUUGACGUAUAUUACUAAUUAUUUACGUAAUUCAAAUGCUAUUGUCCGAUCACAAUGCACUAGCAUGAUUAGGUGUAAGUUUAGACGUUUUCGUAGACCAGUUGAAUAAACUUGUAAUUAAGUUUUAUUUAUUUAUAGACAAGUUAAGUGUAUUCAUUCGAGUUUGACUCGCGCUCGUUAACCUAAUUUUGCCAUGUCAUACUACCCUGUCAAAAAAUCUGGAAUAAUACAUCCGGUUUCUAAAAUGUGAUUAAUUUUUCUGUUUCUUUUCUAUUGUAAUUGGUCGCUCACAGCUCUUAAGAAUGUUUGACAAGUGUUGAAAUAUUUUUCGUAUUGAUCAGCUUUUCAGGAACAGAGGGUGCUUCGUUGUCAUUAGUCAAUAAAUUUGACUAAAUGUUACAGUAAAAUAGAUUCACGACAUAAGAAUCCUGUAUUCUUGUUGAUAAUUAUCUAUAUAGAAAAUGCUUCUCGCACUAAGGCUAUUUGUACGCCUAGAAUCUUGAGUCUUUGCUAUGUAUAACUUGAAUAGACACAAAAUCAUUCCUGAACUAUCUGUCAAUGUCACAAAUAGUAAUUUAUUCCGUAGCAUAGUUAAGAAAUAAAUGACAAAUAUUUCAAUAGCAUGAUAAUAGAUGUGUUACUACAUAAUAUAAUAUUUUUGUAAAGUUAUAUUGCGUGGCUUAUAAAUCGACGCAUGUAAACUGAGCUUUGACUUCGGUGGACAGGGAAACAUAUCCCUGUGUUUAGCGUUGAAAUGAAAUGUAAUAGUUUAUUCUGCGAACAAGGUAAAUUAUAUAACUUAGGGCCGAUUUUGCAAUCGCCAGAUAACUUUUAUUCGAUGAAUAUAUUUGUCGUUUUGACAGCUUUUGUAUAGAAAAUAUGUCAAACGGCCAUAUUUAUUCCUCAGAUAAAAGUUAUCUGACGAUUGAAAAAUCGGGCCUUAGAAAUGUAAAACUUAUUAUAAGCUUUCUGAAGUCGAUAUUUUCUAAUUGGCUGAGAAGCAAAUUAGUCCAGGAAAAUUAGUAUCUUUAGAAUAAAUAAACAGAAAAAUGCUAAGUUCAGUACUGACAGCGAAGUUCACUUCGCAAACGGUAUUUUGGAGCUGUCUUUACUUGCGUCGAUUUAUACAUAAUGCUUACGAGUGGCUUAUUAGAAGUGAGUAAUAGAAACAGUUUUGAUAGCACCAUGAUUGAUAGAAUUAUUUAUUUACUAACAAAAUUAUUGUAAUUCACAAUGUUAAAUAAAAAAGUAUAAAUUAA